ACAGUGGAACACUCCAUUCUGGAAAAGAAGGGAGUCCAGUGUGGUUAGCGUCCAUAAAGUUUAAAUUUUAGAACAACUACCGCUUGUAUCUCGCCCAGUUUAGGCAUAUAAGUACAGUGGCGCAAAAAUAUUUUGGAAAUUGAUCGAUUUAGCUCAUAAACAGUUCCAUCGACAGCGGUUGGGCGAAGCGAACUAACCCGCGUCCGUUGUUUUGGGAGUGGCGAAGAGCCCCUCAGUUCUCCCAGGCAGCUAGUGGAGAGAUGGACGCGAGAACUCACGCGACGAGCACGCGGGAACGAUUCCGCCGUAACGGGGAAUCUGAGCACGUACGCGCGGCUUUAUUUGGGGUUUCUGACUGAGGACUUUUGUUUAUCGGAUGUCAGUUCGUUUCUAUGUGGGAUUUCUGGAGUUUUUUGAGGAAGUGCUGGCCCCAUCUUCCUCCCCCUCUUUCUCCUCCUCCUCUUUUUUGUCUUUAUCGGGACUAUUUGGUCUAACGGCUCUCUUUACUCUGGGGUCGGGCGGUGCUUUUGCGCGAGCAAACGAUAAAGAAUAUUUACACAUUAUUGCGAAUUAAAUCAGGAUGUAAGGACAAGAGUUAAUGUGGGAAGGAACUUUGGAAACGCAUCCCGAUCCAAACACGGAUCCCCGCAGAUCCCACCCGCUCAAGCUGGACAUCGGGAUGGUGUGUCAGGACCCCAGUGGGUUCGGAAAUGCGCCAUGUUUGUGAGAGCGAUGACCCUGGCAGACAUGUCUGGCUCGGAGCACUGAUAAUUUGGACAGUUCUGGGGAGCCUGGGACCCGAUCUGUGGGCACCACUGCCAACUUGAAAGGGAAGAUGAGCAAAAGGCUUUCUGUUGUGAAAGGUCACUUCCCCAAGCUUGUUGACUGUGCGCACUUUCACUAUGAAAAUGUGGACUUCGGUUCAAUUGAGCUUCAGUUUGCCAAUGAGCAGAGUGAUGCCAGCUGGACCUUGGGCAGUGCCAAAGAUCUGGUCUUCCUUGUGCAGGUGUCCUGCCAGGGUAAGAUGUGGGUGGUGCGGCGUUCGUAUGAAGAGUUCCGAACGCUGGACGCACACCUUCAUCAGUGCAUAUACGACCGCCGUUACUCGCAGCUCUUGACUCUGCCAGCCCUCUGUGAUAUUGGAGACCGAGUGGAGAUCUUCACACCUCUGUUGUCUGAGUAUCUGAACCGUCUCUCCAUGAUCGUGGACAAUAAGCUGAACUGUGGUCCGGUUCUCACCUGGAUGGAGAUUGACAACCAUGGCAACAGGUUCCUGCUGAAAGAAGAGGCGUCGUUAAAUGUCCCCGCCAUCGCUGCUGCUCACGUCAUCAAGCGCUACACUGCCCAGGCCAGCGAUGAAAUCUCUAUUGAGGUUGGCGAUAUCUUGUCUGUGAUUGACAUGCCGCCCAAAGAGGACACCACAUGGUGGAGAGGAAAACAUGGGUUCCAGGUUGGUUUCUUUCCCAGUGAAUGUGUGGAAGUAAUCAAUGAGAAGUUGCAGCAGUCGGUCAGCGCUCCUGUCAAUAAGCAAGAGGUGGAUUCGUUGAGCUCUAAACCUGGUGUUACCAACACUACUGAUCCUUCUUCUCCAACAUCAGGUCUCUGUCGCCCUCCUGUGGCAGUGUCUAAGAAACAUGGCAAGCUGAUGGGAUUCCUGCGCACUUUCAUGAAGUCCAGACCCACCAAACAAAAGCUCAAACAGAGGGGCAUCCUGAAAGAACGAGUGUUCGGCUGUGACCUCGGGGAGCAUCUCCUCAACUCUGGCCUAGACGUCCCCCAGGUACUGAAGAGCUGCUCAGAGUUUAUCGAGAAGCAUGGUGUGGUGGAUGGGAUCUACAGACACUCUGGAGUGUCCUCCAACAUACAGAAACUCAGGCAUGAGUUUGACAGUGAGAAUGUUCCGGAUCUGAUGAAAGACUUGUACAUGCAAGAUAUUCACUGUGUUGGCUCUCUGUGCAAACUGUACUUCAGAGAGCUGCCCAAUCCGCUCCUCACAUACCAACUCUACGACAAGUUUGCUGAAUGUAUGGGAGAAAUGACAGAUGAAGAGAGAAUGGUAAAAGUACAUGAUGUUAUUCAACAACUUCCUCCUCCUCACUACCGCACAUUGGAGUACCUUAUCAGACACCUGGCACGUUUGGCUACUUGUAGUGGAGAGACUAACAUGCACGUUAAGAACCUGGCCAUCGUCUGGGCCCCCAACUUGCUCAGGUCCAAAGAAAUCGAGGAAGCGGGCUUGAGCGGUGCUGAUCCUUUUAAAGAAGUGCGAAUCCAGUCAGUCGUCGUAGAGUUUCUGCUCAGCAAUGUGGAAGUUCUGUUCAGCGAUUCUUUCACAUCUGUUGGACGUUUUAACGCAGCACGGCAGUCUCUGACCAGACCCAAGUCGUUUGUGUCCACCAGACUUCUGUCUCUGGAGGAGGCACAGGCUCGCACACAAGCUCCGCUUCUUCUGCAGGGAUCUCCUCAUGGGUUACAGGGACAGUUUCACACUGUGCUUGACCUGCCUGCAGACAAGAGGAAAAGAGGCAUGAAGAUCCGUAAAUCGGCAGGUGGGAGCUGGAAGACAUUCUUUGCCAUCGGGAAACCUGCAGCAGCGGGUCGGCGCAAACCUGCCAGGAUCUCCUCACUGUUCCAGCCCACUACCUCUCAUGCAGGUUGCAGGGUUGACAGCAUGACCCUUAGGUCAGCGAAGAGCGAGGAGUCCCUAUCAUCUCAGCACAGUGGAGCAGUUUCAGGUCAGGGGAAGAUGCAGCAGUUACGAAGACCUCGCUCCAGCAGUGAUGGUCUCUCUCUGGCUGCAUCCGUUGACCCUCAGAUCCUUCCCCAGCGUUCACCAUCUAGAAUCCACUCCAGCCGCUCUUAUGACAGCCUGUUGCCUGAGGAAACCCAUGGUGCUGCUGAGGAAGAGGAGGAGCAUGAAGACGAUGAAGAUGUGGAGGGUGUGUAUAUGCUGCCUGAUUUCUCCCAGGACCCAUCUGCAUCAUGGAUGGCAGAAGAUGUCAUUGAUUUUAGCCCCACCUUCCUGGAAGACGGGCCAAUAGGAUUGGGGGGCACGGGUGUGGCUCCUAGCGGCAGGGAGUCCCCUCCAGCGGCCGCGCCUCCUCCGUACCGUUGUCUGAGUCAUCAAGGACACGCCCGCUCCGGGAGCCAGCGUUCAAUCACAGAGGAUCCUGACUCAGUGCUGAACCAAUCAGAGGCCGCGGCAAGGCGGAGUUUGAUUCUGGCCGCAGCAGCUCCGCCUCAGCAAGUGUUUUGUCAACACAAGCCCACUGCAGUUGCUAAUCCUCCCGCAACUUCUGUCCAGCAGGGUGAGUCGAACGUAAGCCCAUCCCACUGCCAGAUGCCAGCUCCAGUGACAUCCGCAACCCCUUCCCAGCCCCCUCAAGAGAGACGAUCAUUUACACGUAAAGUGGUACAUGCUCUAUCCGCUAAAGCACCAAAAUCCCCACCUCUUGACAUCUCCGACCCCAUUUCCAUCAGUGUGCCUGCCAAGGUUCUGGAAAUGAUUGGAGGGCGGGCUGGUGAAAUGCAGUCUGGAUCCCUAAGCAGUGGACCCCCCCAACCACCACAGAUGAUAUCUAUGCUCUUAAGGUCAUGUGACUUUCAGCUCACAGAGAGCUGCCAGCAAGAGCUCAGCAGUAAGUUGGGCCCCAGCCUCAAGAUCAAGGGUCCCAGUAUCUUGGGUCCUACUGGUGUUCCACUACCUUCACAGCAACCCCCUCCUCCUCCUCCCAAAAACCCUGCACGCCUCAUGGCUCUGGCCUUGGCUGAAAGUGCUAACAAGGCCCUGCGGCAAGGUGCCUCUCCCCCUUACCGCCCCCGCCAGAGUGGAAACCCCCCUGACACUGACGUCCACUUCCAGAGGUCCCUCUCUGCUGAUGCAGGAACUCUCUUGGCCUCUGAUCCUAAUCAGAUCUACUCCACAGUGCGCCCUCUGUCUGUGUGGAUGAAUGAGGGUGAUGAUGAUAGUGGAACUGCACCUGAAAAGCCAGCAGACAAAUCUGGCGUGGAGCCAAGGUCACCAACAGGGCAGGACACUGUAAAUCUUUCUUCUGAUAGCUCAGUCUCUGACUUUGGGACAUCUAAUUCUGAGUUAUCAGCUGCCAGUUCCUCUGAGGACAAUGACCAAACACCAAGCCCCAUCUAUAAGAAUGAGGAGUCAAUUUCUCCAUCUCAAGCACAACCCUCAAAAUCCAGUCCACCCUCAUCUAGCGAAGCCACCUAUUCUCAGAGAAAACCCCCAGCAUAUGGGCGUCAAUUUUCAGCUCCGCAGCUUCAGCAGCAGAAAUCCAGCACCCAGGCCAAGUCUGCAGCCCAGCCACACUCUCAGCUCCUGCACUCUAAGUCAGAGAGCUCUCCACUGGCCCAGGUACGAGCCUUCCAACCCACGCGCCCUAAAGUGCCGCCCAAGCCCCCUGAUCUUGCUCCCUUGAGGGCUCCACUCUCACAGACUGAUCGGCAUGAUUAUAUGCGUCGCUCCCUGGAUGCCAGCCGUAUCCGACGCUUGGUAGGGCCUCCUCAAGGGAACACACCACUUUCCAGAGCUUUCUCUGAACGCAUUAGCAGUACCUCUGACAUGCUAUCUCGCUACCAUGCAGCCAGAAUGGCCAGCCAAGCCUCACAGGCUGCACACCUUCCCCAACAGCAACAACAGGCCCAGUCCGUUCAGAUUAGACCUGUUGCCCCCUCCUCUGAAGAUCCAUCCAAGAUGGAAAACUUCUACUACGAAAUUGGUGCACCAGAGCACCCACAAGCACCACCCAGCUAUGCACGCCACAGCUAUCAGAAUAUGAAGUUGGAUCUGGAAGGCAACCUUCGUCUUAAUGACCCAGUCAAUCAAAGGGCUGUUUCCAGGGGUCAACCUCCUCCCUACAACGCCCAAGGACCUGGGGGUGGUAGGGCUCCGCAGCUGUGGUCAUCUGAGGCCACACGAGUUUGGGCCACAGCACAUUCUCACUCUCACUCGUUCUCUUUUUCCCAUUCUCACCAUCGCUCUCAGGACGGAUCAUCAGGUCAACCUCCCCACCCACGUCCCCAGCGACAGACAUCAUCGUCUGUCAGGCAUUCCCGCAGUGAGGUCCAUCCCAUCCAUCCAACUGCUGGAGUGGGCUCCUCAGCAGGCAUGAUGCCCUUGUCUGUGCACCAACGUGGCUUGCACCGUUCCCAACGUUCACCUUCUGCAGACCACACUUCCUCUCAACUUCAUCCCUACUUUGAAAAUGGGAAGGUGUGUUAUAGGUACUUUGAGGCUUCCAGGUCGGAAGACUUGCCACUAAAUGCUGUAUUGAAGCCACAUCAAGCCCAGCCACGUCGGGCUUCCCCAGUUCAAGGCCUCAUGAAAGAUCAGCCUGAGCCCAUCUAUGUAAACUACCCUUUCACCAGCCCACCUGGAGCUGGCGUUAAUCCAAAGGGCUGGGCGACCACAGACCUUGAUGUAGAUGAUCACCAGGCAUCUGAGACACUAGCACCAACUUCAGAGCCACCACUCGAUGACAAGCAGAAGCAAUCAGAGCAAGAAAGUCCCACAGCUGGCUUUGACAGUCCUACCCAGAACGAUGCGCUGUCGGAUUCCAAAGCAGUCAAUAUUGCAGCAACGGCCUCUUCUGCCAUGCACUUCCGUAGUCGCUCAGAUCCCCAAAAUACCAGCUCAGAGCCUGCUCAUGUCCUGUCGGGAAAGGAAAUUGCCUCCUUGCUAAUUGAAAGGCUUGCCGAGGAUGAAAGGGAGGGUCCUUUAAUGAUGACCUCUUCCAUUUCAUCUUCCUCACCACAUAUUGAGCACCCCCUGAAUCCCUACCCCAGUCAGCAGCAACAACCACCUCCUGCUUACAAUGUCUACACCCCAGGACCAUCUCGAGGGCGCUUUGAGAGUCAGGUGCCACCAAGGGAGGGAUCAGGAGCUUUCCAACGUCAAGACCCCUUGAGGAGAUCUUCCGGAGGCCAGUAUAGACAAGCUAUUGACGUCAUGCCAUCUGGUGACCAAGUUCUUAAAUUUUACAGAAACCAAGACUUCAUCCCUGGCGCCCUGGGAGAAAGCAUAACCCCUAACCCUUAUCCCCCAAGACCAUAUUAUCAGGACCCCCCAUACCCCAACUGGGGCCCUCAGGGCCUCCCAGAAGCUCCCCACACAUGCACUCCACCUACAGUGGCCUUCUCAAACUUAGCGCUUGGAUCAACAAGAGGAUAUGGGCCCCAGAUAGUGGCCAACCAGUAUAAUCAGUACCCAUACCAGUCAGGACCAGUACUUCCUUAUUUUCCCAACACACCCCGACGAGAUGUUGCUCUUGAUCCUUCUCUCCAACCUGCCGGGUUGCGGAACCAGAGAGGACUGAACAGGCAGGGAAGCCUGCCUGGACCCAACUGGAAUAUCCGAACUGAAGGCCAGACCCGUAGUUACUGCUAAAGCGCACAACUGACCUGUGUCUUUAGAGGGAUUUAUAAGGAUAGUUCAGCCAAAAAUGAAAAUUCUGCCAUCAUUUACUCAUCCUCAUUUUGUUACAAAUCCAAAUGAUUUUCUUCUGUAAAACAUAAAGAGCAGGUAUGAGGCAGAAUGUUAGCCUCAGUCACCAUUUAGUUUAAUUUUGCAGAAAAAAAACGAUGCAUUGAAAGUGAAUGGUGACUGUAGAUAACAUUCUCCUUAACAUUUUCUUUAGUGUUCCAUAAAAGAAAACAUCAUAUGGAUUUGGAAAAAUAUGAGAGGAUGAGUACAUGAUGACAGAGUUUUCAUUUUUGUGAGAAAUAUUCAUUUAAAAUGAGACAAUAUGACAUAAUUAUAAGCACUAUACUUUUAUGUUUUCUGUACAAGUUAGUGUUGAGAGAGGUUUUUUUUGUGACCUCAUAUAGGGGAGACAUCAUUUGCAGAAAUGAAAUUAAGUGGGGGAUGUCUUCACUUGCAUUUUUGUCUCACAAAGACCCCAUUGCUCCCUCCGAUUGCAGUGUGUAUUUGAGAGUAAAGGUGUAUGAGAAUAAGGCAUAAAGCUUGAAAGGAUCAAAGAAGAGAACCAUAAAGUGGCUUAAAAAAAGUAAACAUUCCACAACACACUGUGCUGUCCAGCAGAGGGAGUCAGAGAGGUGCAAAGCUGCUAUUCCUCUGACAGGACAUUGCUCAGUGGCUAAUUCUUGUUUUACUGCUUUGGGUUUUAUUUGAUUUUAAGGUUCUUUUUGACACUAGGUCACACUGUACAGGGGCACAAGCUCAAUAUGUUUGACUUUUUCCUCAAAGUACAAUAAAGAAUAACAUCAAGAGAUGCAGGUUUUUAGAAACUCAUAAUUUGGCUUUUUUAUUAUUAUUAUUAUCAUUUAUUUUGCUUUUGGCAAUAAUGUGACAUUAUUUCAUCAUUUGUAUUUCUUUUUUGAUUUUUCUAAGUUAUUGUAAGUUUUCAUUUGAAUAAGUUCUUGUAAAAUAGUUUUAUUUGCAUUUCCCAAAUUUGUUUCAAAGAAUGUGAAGAUUAGUGACUUUUUAGUUUUUAUUUCUUUUAGGGCUGUGUGUGAAUCUGUAUGCGUCUUACUUGCCCAGAGUAUCUGAAGUUAAGCACAUAAAAAGAAGCGAUGUUGCCUUGUGUUGAAGGUAUAAUUAUCUUGUUAAUUUUUGAAGGGAUUGAGUGUGCAUAUUUAGUUGAGGUACUGUAUUCUGCUCCUUCUCAAUAUGUCAAAUGUUCUUAUCCAAAGCAAGUAUUUCUUGUAGGCUAUGUCACCCUGUGUCACUCCCAAACAUUAUGGCCUCUUUUAUGGUAGAAUCCCAACCCAGCAAUGUCCACUGACUGGUAUGAACCACCAUUAUACAGUGAAAAUUCCUCCAAUACCAAUUUAUGGACAAGUCUUGCAAAAAACAACAUUUUUGAAAGACUUAAUAAAGUUAAAGCUGAUUUAUCAGACGACACUUAAUGGGUACUUUUCCAUUAUUUUGAUUCAUACUAUACGUAAUAUGGAACGGGUUAACAAAAUGUCUUGGAAAUCCUUUAAAAACGACCAGAGGUGGGCUCUGUAAAGGUUUGGUUAGUGGUUGGUGCCUUGCGUUAAAUAAUCAAUCUUUUUAAAAAAUCUUACUUAAUCUUCCCUUUGUUAUGAAAGCAAAUAUUGAAUUGAGCUUCAAUGCUCGUAUGCCACAGUAAGAUACAAACCCUGUCCUAACCCUUACUAAAAGUACGGUCUCUACCAUGGUACAGUGAUGGUAUUAGAUGCUAACACCAUGGUACUUUGAUAAAAACCAUGGUACAGGUUGAGUACUUUAUUUGUGUACCAUUUGUAUUUACAUGGUACUCCAAGAUAUUUCAAAGAAUACCAUGGUACAUUGUCCAAAAACCCAUGGGAAUACCAUGGUAUUUUUGGUACUUUUUGUUAGUGGAGCAAAGUUGCCCCUAUUUAGACACUAUUAAUUUGUCAAAGCUUCACAUUAAUAAGCACUGAGAAUACACAGUCUAAAUUACAUUUUGUUGUGUGUAAGAGAGAGAGAGAGACAGUCUGUUUGCAUGUGUGAUAUCGGUUUUAAUAAAUAUCUAUGCAGUGUAUAACAAAGGGAAUAUUUAUUCCUAAACCUUAAAACGGUAAAUAUUAAUGCUACCUAUGUACGUCAGAAGACCUGUGUAUGUUCAAGUGAGAGAGGUCAUGCAUGUGGCUUUGAGAGAUAUACUGUACAUAAUCUUCAUGUCCAACCAUCUCCCCUUAUGCCUUCAGCACUUUGCAAAAGGCAUUUCAUUUUGUAAUAUUUUCCAAUAUGUGAAUUAAAAUAUUGGACACCGUCAGUGACGAAACUGUAGUUUGGUGAUUUAUUUUUUAACACAAUAUUUUUGUACAAGAGUCAGUAGAGGUUGCUUAAUAAUGGGCGUUGUUUCAGUUUUCGAAAAUUUCAGAAAAUCUCCUUUAGAAUGCAAGAAAAUUUUAUAAUUUCAAUGUACAACUGGUACUAAUUGUCAUGUUUUAAAAGAUUAGCCUUGCCGAAUAACUGAUGAUAUUUACAUGACUUAAUAACAUUCCUAUUAAUUAACCAGUCAAACUUGUAUUUGUUCCAAUUUGCUAUUAAAAGACAAGUGUUCUUUCUAGGUUUUGUGUUAUUUUGAGAAUAUUUAAAUUUACAGGACUGGUUGAAUUGUAUGCAGGCUACAGUCUCCCCCAUCUGAGAUGGUUUUCCUACAUUUGCCAGCUGUAAUUUGAGUUUGUCAGCAGUCAUUUCUGAAGUUUUGCCAAGGAUGUUCCUAGAUGGAUAUCCUGCAAAACCAGUCUUAGAUUCUCAGUAUCAGGCGACACUCCCAGUUGAGUUAAAGCAGACAUACAGUAUGUAAGCUAACAUGCACUCCACUGUUCCAUGCUGAUACAUGUACAAACUAUUUUGGCAUUAGGUCAUUAUCGUGAGCAGUAACGGUUUGUUGGGCGGUUCAGGGCGUGGAGAGCUGCCAUGCUUUUGUCUUUGCAUACUCGAUCUCUUACUCUUUUAUAAAGGUUGUUUAAUUUCAAGGGCAUGUGAUUUCAUGAAAGAUGACGUAGUUUUUGCAAUGACAAUUGGCCCUUUUAUGAAUCACCUAACUGUGACAUAUAUCAUUUUAUUUGGUAGAUAGAAACAAGGGUGUAGAUUUCUCCUUGAUAUUGGGGGUUAGAUUUCCCCUGGAAUCUAAGCCCCUGCACAGGAACAUGUUGCCAAGCAAGUUAGAAAACACGUGUGCAGCAAAGAAUCUCACAAACCAAAUUUCCAUUCUAUCCAUGUUAAAUCAUUAUGCAGAAACAACACUAGAGUGUGGCAUAAAGUAAGAUUUUGAGAAAUGAUGAAAAAAGGAUUUCAACAACUUUGUUUAUGGGAUCAUCAUAGUACAUUUUAAACUCUCUUCAUCCUUAAUACAACAUAAAACCAAAAUAAUUUUAAAAUGCAUUCAAAUCACUUUAGACAUAAUUUUAGAAAAACAGAAAAUGUGUAAGGGGUAGAUGACAUAACGAACAUCGCAAUUUGAUGUUAAUAUGUAGACUACCAUUCAAAAGUUAAUGGUGCUGAAUUAUAAUAAUUUAUAUAUAUUUUUUUUGAAAACAUGAUGAUCUAAAGUGUUUUGUAAACUAAUAUAAAUUCUGCCCAUGUAUAUAUUUCUUUACAGAACUAA